AUGCAUAUUGUUCGCCUACGGGCCAUCACAUCAUCUUCUUAUUGUCAGACAUCAUCCAGUCGUCUUGAUCCACUUUGCGAGGCGUCACCAGCCCAGUCUGCCGAUAGUGCUAAACCAAAGAAAAAACGAGGAUUUCAUAGGCGAGGAUUUACUCUGGGACGUUUGGGUGGAUCAAGCAGUGACCGCCGCCGAUUAGAUUCACCGGCCUCAUUAUCUUCUGCUGCUUUGGAUGAGGCGAGAUUACUAGGAACUCGAGUUUGUCCACGAAUGGAAGAUGUGCCAGUCAUUGGUUUGUUAAUCCUCCAUAGUCCACUCUUUUUGGUUGUUGUAUUUGGAUUUUCGCUUUGAUA